CAAAGCUCCUGGUGGAACUUCUCCCUCUAGAAGGUGCUGCUCCCUGCCCAGGACUCAGGGCAGAGGUUACAGUGGGCAGAUAACAGCCCUGUGGUAGUGUUUGUGUGAGGCGGGGGGAGAGGCAGAGGGAGAGUUAGAGAGAGAGAGAGAGAGAGACAACAAAACAACUCCACCAAAGUUUGAAACUUACAGGCAAACAUUUUGCGAGUUUGAGAGUCGAUCAGGAGAAAGAGCAGAGGUGAAGUGGGGAUCGCUGGUGUCUCUGUCUCUCUGUCUGUCUCUCUGUCUGUCUGUCCCCCUCUCUCUCUGUCUGUGUAAAGCUGCCGGACCAUGAGGGACAGGACCAAGGAUCUGAGGAAGGAUGAGGAGGUCUCCGACGACGAGGAAUUCCGACUGGUCAUCCGUGACGGGGAUGACCCUCAGGAUGCGUUUUUCCAGCAGGUCAAAGAUCUUCGAGAGGGGAUCGGGAAGCUGAAGGGACUGGUCAAAGAGAUGGAAACCAUCCAGCUCCGGAUACUGAGCUCUCCCAUCCCAGAGGACAGACAUCGGACAGAACUGCAGUCUCUGCGGGAAGAGAUCAAGACGGUAGCGUCACGGGUCCGGAAUCAGUUGAAAGGCAUUGAACCGACAAAGAGUGAUGAGGAUCAGGAAGCUUUCUUGGUUGAGGCCCGGAUGCGAAGGACACAGCAUGGCGUUCUCUCCCGGGACUUUGUCGAGGUGAUGAACUCGUGCUACCUGCUGCAGUCUCACUACCGAGACCGGAAUGUCGAACGCAUCCAGAGGCAGCUGAAAAUCACGGGGGUUCAGAUCUCUGAAGAGAAGAUGGAGGAGAUGUUGGAGAGCGGACAGCACGAGGUCUUCACCGCCAACCUGAUGCAGGACACCAAGGUGACGAAGCAGACCCUGAACGAGAUCGAGAGCCGCCACACGGAGAUCAAGCGGCUGGAGAAGAGCAUCAUCGAGCUGCACGAGAUGUUCAUGUACCUGGCGAUGGAGGUCGAGGCUCAGGGAGAGACGAUCGACAACAUCGAGAACAACAUUUCCAAGUCGGUCAACUACGUUGAAAAGGCAGCUGACAACAUGGCCGCUGCGGUAGUCAGUAAGAAAAAGGCCAGAAAGAAGAAAUUUUGCGUGAUCAUCUGUGUUUCGGUGCUGGUUCUGGUGAUCAUCGCUAUCAUCGUGGCUGUCGCCUACACCACGUGACCCCGGGGCCCUCGACCUUCGCCCUGAGCCUCCUCGUUGUGCCCCUAAGACCAUGGAAGAAGCUGUCUUUAUGGAGAUGCUACAACUAGUUGUGCACAGAAACUGCCCUUUGAAACCUUGUUACCGAAAAUGCAGCAUCGCCCUUCCCCUCAACUUUGGCCUUCACUCCCAGUGACCCUCCUCUCCCACCCUGUACCCUCUCUCCCCCUGCGUGCUCUCUGCUUGCCCCCUCACUCUCCUCUUCCUACCCCCGCUCACUCUGCCUCUCCCCUCCCUU